AUGAGUGCAGCCAAGAUUGAUGAAGUUUCAAAACUAUGCGAAAAUUACAUAGAGAACGAAAAAUUCCAAGAAGGAUUGCACCUGACAGAGAAAUCAUUACGCAAAUAUCCAAAAUCUGCAAAAAUUAUUGCGUAUCUUGCUUUAUUCCUUGAAAAAACAAAGAAACAUGAUGAAGCACUUGCAGAAAUCAAAACAGCAAUCAUGACAGAAAUGGGCAACGCUGAUGUUUGGAGAAUUCAAGGUUUAAUUUAUAGAAGUCAAGGUGAUUAUUUGAAAUCUCUACAAAGUAUGACUAUGGCCUACAAGAAAAACUCUAAUGAUGAAAAUAUUCUAAGUCAGCUUUAUUCCCUCACGUUGUUUUUACAUCAAUACAAAUUAAAUUUCGAAUAUGCAAGUUGUAUCGUAAAGGUUGCAUUAUCACCUGCUAAUGCUCUUAAAUUUGCAUACUCUCAAUAUGUAAAUGGAGAUUGUUCAGGGGCAAUGAAAACAAUUUCAACGAUUUUCGACGAAGGAGAACAAUAUACACAGUCAGAAAUGGGUAGAUUUUAUGCUCAUAUUCUUCUUGAGACAAAGCAAUAUGAAGAAUGCUUGAAGUUCCUCGAUGGCCAGAAAAUUAUCAUAGAUAACAUCUCAAUCUUAGAAAGCAAAGCUAAAUGUUAUCUUAAUCUCAAUAAAAAGGAAGAAUUGAUGCAUACUUUGGAUGCUUUAUUGAAGGAAUAUCCAGAUAAUGGAGAUUAUUUCGAAAUCCUUGAAAAUUUACUUUCUCCUGAAGAUUACAUGAAAGAGUUAUUCAGAAUUAAGGAUCAAUUCAAGUCAAAUUACGCAAAAGUCAGAAUUUUAGAAUUAAUGGAUAAAAAUGACGAAAAGUUCCGGCCAUUACUCACAGAACACAUCAUUCCAUUACUUAAUAAAGCAUCUCCUGCAAUUUUUGCCACAAUUGAAGCUUUUGAUUCUGAAAAAUUAGAUAUCGCUAUUGAAAUUGCAAAAUCAGCCGAACUCCCUAUCAGUUGCAUUCCAGCAUUGCACAUAAUGAUUGCCCAGAUCUACAAUUCCAGGCAACAAUACGAUGAAGCCCUUGAAGAAAUCGAAAAAGGAAUUUCUCAGAAUCCAACAGUUCCUGAGCUCUACGUCGCCAAAAUCGACUCAUUGAGUAAAAGCGGAAGAAACGCGGAAGCACUGGAAAGCGCCAGAAAGCUCGCAGAACUCGAUCCGGCUGAUAAAGGAUCAAACAGAAUUCUUGUCAAAAAUUUGUAUAGAAAUGGCAAAAUUAAAACCGCCAGAAAAACCGCCGCACCAUUUUCCAUUCGGAAAAGCAGUACUGAAGACAUCUUGUUCAAGAACGAAGACAACAAGAUUCAUUUCAGGGCUGCAAGGAGCUGUUUAAGAAUCGGGAAAAUCGAUGACGGAAUGAAUUUUUACAAAGAUGUUUUGUGUCAAAUAGAAGAAGGAAAGAAUGGCUUCUAUAACUUUUUCUCGUGGGGAUUCAUGAGAAUCAUGAACUUGCAUGAGAUCUACCAGUUCAUUCUCAACAUCUCCUCCAACAAAAUUUAUUGCAAAGCAUUUGUCAAUUUUGUCAAAUUACUUUUGGCACAGAACAAACUGGAUGAAUGCAAGACAGAGUGCAACAAGAUUGUGAGAACAAAGAAUGAUGAAGCACGUGCUUAUCUGUCUGUUGUUUACGCUAAAACAGGAGAUGUUUUGUUGGCACUGAAAAAUUACAUAAAACUGCCAAAGAAAUAUCAAUUGAUUUCUUUCCCUUCUGUUGACAAACUGGUGAAGAAUGUCAAUGCGCCGGACAUGGUCAAGGAAAUAGUCAAUGAACUGUACAAGCCUCUGUCUGAAGAUGCUAAUCAUAAUGACCCUCAGGAGCUAUUAAAUAAAGCAAGAGGGCUGUUGUAUGUUGAUCAGAAAAAUGAUGCAGAAAAAGUGACAUUAGAAGCAGCUAAAUUAGACAUGUCAUUUAAUAUGGCUGUUGAUUUAUAUCUCUUCGCAAAGGUCGAAUGCAGGAAUGAGGCAAUGGCUGAUGAUGUCGCAAAAACAAUCAAUAAAAAAUAUCCAAAAUACGAAAUCAAAUUAAACGAUUUCGAAGAUGAUGACCCACAUAAAUACAUUGUAGUUCCUGAAGAAUAA